GAGCAAGGAAAUAUCUCCAGAGGUGUGUACUGCGCAGAUUCGCUUCACACAGCUCACACAACACAUCUCUCAUUAAUGUAGCCCGUGUAAUUAAUGUAAAAUCUCUUUAAUGUGGAUAAAUGAUCAACUCUAGGUUUGGAGAAUUGUAGAAAUGAUGUCGGAUGUCUCCGAAUAGUCCUGAGUGAGAUAUGUGCUGCGCACAUUGGACAUUUUGAACACACCUAAAGAGGCGGGUUUAUUCAAAAUUCCACUUUGUCUAACAGACGCUUCGGGUCUGAUUUGCUACAGGCAUUGGAUUAUAUCAGACUGUCCGCUUCCAGCCUCGGAUACUAAAACGCAGGUCAGAUUCUUCCUUCAUGGAUACUUGGGAACUAAAUCGUCACUCAGUCUCUCCAGCAGAGAAGGUCCUGGCGAGAUGUGUAGCCUCAGGCACAAUGUCUCAGAAAGAGCUUGAUGAUGUACCACGAGGGCCAGAGAUAUUUUCCUCUCGUCUGCAUGAAAUUGAGCAACUGAAUAAAAUCAAACAAGAGAUUGACCAGGUGAGCUUGGACUUGGAGUUGCUAAGACUUGAGAAAAACAGUGCAGAUGUUACUCACAGUUAUUAUCUAAGUCAGAGAUUUGCAUCCUUGCAGCAAUUCACGUCUCAUCUUCAGGAAAUGCUGAGAGAACAGACAAGUUUGCGCCAAAGGCUUAUGAAACCUCUUUGCCAGCAGAACUUGCCUAUACAGGCUGAUCUUCAUCGAUAUGUGGUUACACUCAUGGCAAUGGUGGUUGAGUUCAUAGAGACUUUGGAAAUGAAAACGAAGAUGGUUCACUCAAUUCCAACAACUGAUGAAUCUAUGCGUAAUCUGAAUAAUGGCAUGACUCAGCUCCUGGCUCAAGUCACAGAGGUGGAGAGUCUGACGAGGCAAGUUCUUCAGCGGAGUGGCAAGCCAAAGGACAAUAUGUCCAGCUGAGAAAAUGGUAAACUGCGGCUGUCACAAUAUAAUCACAUUAAAACAAUAAUUCAGUAAUCAUUGCUUUAUUUACAAUCUGUCAGUACUCUUCAGUAGGAGCGGUAUGACCACUGUUGGCUCGUGGUUCCUUUUGAGUGUCAAGGGAACUUCUGGUAUAAAUAGUUACUGAAAUCUAAAGACAGGUGUUGGAGAAGAACAGAAAAAAACAGUAAUAUACACAGUCUCUGUAAAUAUUUUAUGUAUGAGUGGUUUACUUUUGUUCCUCAAUGCAUCAAUAAAUAACACUUCUUAUUACAAAGAUGGGCUUGUUAUGGGCUAAACUAUGAAUAGGCAUGCUUACCACCAGAAUUAAUUACAUACAUCACAAAGAUCUUGUAAACUGUUAUAAUACCUGACUGUCUGGACCAUCUGCUGAUCAGUUCUUCAUUGAUGAGUGUGUCUGCAAUAUAAAUAAAUAUACAUGCCUAAAUCUCUGUCUCUCUCACAUUCAUUUACAACACCCCAAUCAGCCAUAACAUUAAAAACCACUCACAGGUGAAGUAAAUAACAUUGAUUAUCUUGUUACAGUGGCACCUGUCAAGGGCUGGGAUAUAUUAGGCAGCAAGUGAACAGUCAGUUCUUUUAGUUGAUGUGUUGGAAGCAGGAAAAAUAGGCAAGUAAGGAUCUGAGUGACUUUGACAAGGACCAGAUUGUGAUAUCUAAGAAACUGGGUCAGAGCAUCUCCAAAAUUGCAGGUCUUGUGGGAUGUUAGUGAUAUGCAGUGGUUAGUACCUACCAAAAGUGG